AUGCCCCCUCCCACCCCAGAACGCAUGAUAGAGAGCCGGGCAACGAUGGAUAGUAUACAGCGAUUUUCAUCAGUCCCAGUCUAUCUACCUGUGAACAAUCAUGUCUGUAAUUCUGAAGUCUCCUUUUUUCUUAAAGAGGCCAAUCAAAACCUUAUGAAAAACUCAAGUCUGCAGUCCCGAACAGAAACCCUUUUCAUAUAUAAAGCCAAGAUGCCACCAGUCAUAAAUGCCACCUAUGGACCCUAUUCAGCAGAACAAACUGUGUCAAAAAAUGUAAUGAUUACCUCAAGUACUUUCAGUUUCACCAACAAAUUUACAUUUAACUGGCAAUUAAAAGCCCACAUCAUUGAGAGUUCCAUAUAUUCUGACAAACCCAAAGUACAGACAUUGUUUUAUAUCACAGGAAGAGACUGGGAGGACUACAAUCCAGCAGAGAUUUUACCAUGCGUACGAAUGGUCGCCACAUUGGAAAACCGGGAAAUUUCUUCAAGCUGUAGACUGAAAGGCAAUCUGGGAUUGUGUGUUGCAGAACUGGAGCUGCUACCCAGCUGGUUAAGUACGUCUCCUCCUACAGAAGACCAUAUUUACCCUGCUCCACCUCAAGGAAUUCCUGUGGAACUGCAUCAAAUUGUCUACAUGACCGGAGAAGAUGAGGAAUGUUCUGCAGAGGAGACUAAAUGGUCAAACAGGAUUCAGUCCAAUAAAGAUGCUGCCCACAAAGCCUCCAGUGCAAUGGAAAGGUUUGGCAGUGUAAUUGUUUAUACCACCCGGUACACUUUGAGGAUGUCUCUGCUAAGACUGGAUAGCAAUAUUCAGAUUCGUUACCCACCUGGCCCAGUAAAAGUGGGAGAUGUUGUCACUUUCUUUGUGUCGAUAGUUGGCGGAUCAAUGACACAUCAGUUCAUGUUAAGGGUCAAAGCUGCUCUUGGUGCCAAAGUGAUUGCUAUAAGAGUGGAUGACUCUGAACAGUGGAAGGUUCAAAGACAGAUGGAAAAUGGAGAAAAACACACAACUGUUACACUAGACUGUGUGCGCCAAACACCUUUCAUACAAGUCAGAGCCAACGACUCGCUUUAUGAAAUUCUGCAGAUGGACUUUGAAAUGGACAUCAGCAGUGGCUUGGCUGGAGCCCAGCAGAUUACAUGGCAGGUGGAAUACCCAGAGGAAGACUCUGUUAGUGAACUUGUGAUUUCCGAAAUCUUUGUCAGCCAGGCAGCAUUUACAGGGAUCGUUCCUAUAGCCAUGGACACUGAACUUCUAAACACAGCUAUCCUGACAGGAAGAACUGUGUCUAUACCUGUGAAGGUGAUGGCCGUCCAGGAGGAAGGCACUGUGAUUGAUGUGUCUGACUCUACUGAGUGCAGGUCAGCAGAUGAAGAUGUCAUCAAGGUUUCCGAUAAAUGUGACUUAGUGUUUGUCAAUGGCAAAGAAAUGAAAAGUAAAGUGGAUACCAUUGUAAACUUUACAUACCAGCACAUCACCACCCAGCUGGAGGUUACAGUGUGGGCUCCGCGCCUUCCAUUGCAAAUAGAAAUAUCGGACACUGAGCUGAGCCAGAUUAAAGGCUGGAGGAUUCCAGUCUCUGUUAAUAAAAGACCAACCAGAGACAGUGAAGAUGAAGAAGAUGAUGAAAAGAAAGGGAGAGGGUGCUCUCUGCAGUACCAGCAUGCAAUGGUUCGAGUCUUCACUCAGUUUGUUGCAGAAUCUGCAGAUCUUGGUGGACAGCUGAUACACAUGCUUGGUCCGGACUGGCAGUUUGACAUUACUGACUUAGUGAGGGACUUCAUGAAAGUUGAAGAGCCAAAAAUAGCUACACUGGAAGCAGGAAAAGUUCUUGUUGGACGCGAUCAAGGAAUCACUACAGUCCAGGUCCUUUCUCCAUUGUCCGAUUCAAUCUUGGCUGAGAAAACAGUGACAGUGCUGGAUGACCGGGUGGGAAUUGUAGAACUGGGAGUUCAACUUAUCACUGGCCUCUCCUUGGCUGUACAAGCCAGCAAGGGACACAAGCGAGCCAUCAUCACAACUACCACAGCUAGUGAUAUCCUGCAUGACUAUAAACAGGAAGCAGUUAUGAGUGUCUGGAUCCUUUUCAGUGAUGGCUCAGUAACUCCACUGGACAUAUAUGAAAGUAAAGACUUCUCAAUUGUGGUGUCUUCACUGGACGAGAUGGUGGUUUCAACAUAUCAGAAUCCUUUGUCUAACUGGCCAGUGGUGGUUGCAGAAGGCGAAGGACAGGGCCCUUUAAUAAAAUUAGAACUGGGGAUCAGUGAGAUCUGCCAGAAGUCAAAGAGGAAAAGCAGUCUUGCUGUUGGCACCGGAACUAUCAAGGUUAAAUUUGGGCAAAAGGACUCUGAUCAAAAAGGAAAUAUGAAUGAAAUUCAAAACAUUGAUGAUAACUUAAAGAAAAUCACAAGUAAAACUACUGAGAAAGCUGCAGAGCAGGAGAGGACAGCGAAUGAGUGGCCAAAACCUGGAUCUGCUGUCAGUAACGAGGAUACAGUUGGCAGAAACUCAACAUCUGAUUCACCUUUAGAUUAUCAGAAGAACUAUAAUGACGCCCAUAUUGUCCCUAUCCCAUACACCAGUUUUCCUACACGAAUAGCCUCAGUCCACAACCAAGAAAGAGAACUUGCACACACUGCUAGAGGUCUAACAGACUUGGAAAUAGGCAUGUAUGCUCUUCUUUGCGUGUUUUGCCUUGCAAUACUAGUUUUCUUAAUUAAUUGUGUGGCUUUUGCAUGGAAAUAUAGACAUAAAAGGUUUCCUGUGGCUGAUCAAACCAACAUUCCUCAUUCUCAUGACUGGGUAUGGCUUGGAAAUGAGGUAGAAUUACUGGAAAACCAAGUAGAUAUUCCUCUUCCAGCAGAAGAAUGCACUACAAUGAUUGACCGAAGGUCCCAAUUUGAGGAAAGCAACUUUCUUCUUAAUGGAGGUUCUCAAAAGAAUCCAUACAGUCAAAUUAUGCGAUCAUCUGAUUACACUUAUGAAAAAGAGGGACAAAAUGAGCCAUUAAACCCAGGGGGGUCAAAGAGAAAACGCGUAAAGUUCACAUCCUUUACAACUAUCUUACCUGAAGAAGGUGGUCCAUAUACCAAUGCGGUCAUUUUUGGAAACGAAGAAAAUAUCAAAUGGGUUUGUCAGGAUAUGAACAUUGGGGAUUCACGUGAACUUAGAGACUACAUGGAUAGUCUUCAGGACAACCUGUAAAAUGCUAUGUUUCUAUUCACCUUUAUGCCUUCGUUUUGUUUGUUUCUUUUUUUUAGGUUGGGGCUAUCCAAUCAGCAAUAGAGAAGCAGAACAACUCUUACAAGGUUACAGUGAUUAUACUGCCGAUACGUUUUUGGCACUAAACUACUGAGUGCACAGAGAGAUUUUUCAGUGGGCUAUGUUAAUUUUGGGUGCCAUGGGGGUGCAGAGAGGUCUCCAGGUAAUCACUGCUAUACAUACUCCUAAAAAUGACAACUGUACUAAGUGGGUUACAGAACAUGACCUGACACAUACAGUCGUGAGUUCUGCUGAACCUUGGUCCAUUGACUGUAUGUCUGCUUGUAAGUGAACACUGUCAGGUUUACAAUUAAAAGCACAGUGGACUUUUCUUGUAAUAUUUUAGAUACCUGUUAACUAUAAAUUUGAAUGUACUGCAAAUGUGUACAAAUGAAACAUAAAACACCAGUUUUUGAAAGAGUAAUUCUAUUUUGAGACAACUGGUGAAGUAAUACAACUAUAAGAGUAAGAAAAAUAAAUAUAUGACAACCCAUUUUGUUAUUCCCAAUUUGUUAUUUAUAUCAGAAGUAUAUACAUGUAUUUUAUAUU